AUGUUCCACAUCAAGGCUGCCAGAGCGAGGGAGGCUGGCGCGUUCGAUGCCGAGAUCGUCCCUGUAAUGGCCUGGUUCCAGGAGGUGGAUAAAAAGAUGGGAGAGAAGAUCAGCAAGCAGCAGACAAUCGCCGUUACCCAAGACGAUGGAAUCCGGACCAAUAUCAGCCCAGAGGCUCUCGCAAAGCUCAAACCCACCUUUAAGACGGAUGGAACAACCACGACGGUAGGCUGUGCCCCAGACGAGAUGGGCAUCGGGCCGGCGCUGGCCAUUCCCCAGCUCCUGGAGCAGCAUGAUGAUAGGUAA